UAUAAUACGAAGAAGGUUGUUGCUGCUGCGAUCCAUGAAAGAGUCGAUUCUUUGUCCGUCGCAUCGGACGGGUCUGACUAAGCGCUCGUGUUCAAUUGACUUUACCUACGGCUGAACAGUGUGUUUGCCUUAUUUGAAAACGUUAUUAACGAAACAUGAACGAGUUACUAUAGUAGAUAGUGUUUUGAAUCUUCCCCCCCCCCCGUCGUGGUUGUGCGCACAAAUUCCCCGCGGUUGUAUCUUUAUUCGCGCGCCGAAGAACAACACACGGGGCUCACUCUCGAAAGAAGACUCAAUCGAGAACAAUCGCGGAAUAACGAGUUGCUUCGAUGAAAAUUGAAAUAAGUGACGGUAUGUGCAUGCCAAUAUUGAUAAAAAAUAAUUCACAUCGGUAUCAUAUGAGAUAGUAUAACAAUUAUACACACACACACACACACACACGUACUACGAGGUGUCCGACGGAAUUGUUCAACCUAAGAUAUUAUAAAAGCCGACGUGUUGAUGACCUCAUGACAAUCUGCGUUAUUGAUAACAAUGCCUAUUGGAAAUGAACAAUCCGUUGGAUCACGAUUUUGAGGAAUUAAAAAAAUUUUCUUCAAAAAAUAAGAUCUGUAAGGACGGCCCGGUGGAACUAUUGCAAAAUUUCGACAAUCGUGCGGGCACUCCCAACUCGCUGGACGAAAGCCUGAGCGGUCAACAACAAUUGCUGGACUGCGGUAUUUGCGACCAGCAAUUCGCGACGAAGAAACAGCUACGCAUACAUAUUCACACUCACCUGACCAAGUCACCGCGUAUUAUUCUGAAGAGAGUGAUCAGUCCGAAAGUAUUGAAGGUGCAAAAGCAGAACGACUCUUAUUGGUUGGAUCCCGAGACAAAGGGCUCGCUCAAACUGACUCUAAAGAAACAGAACAUAGCCGACUCUCUCAAGCUCAAACUGAAGAAAUCCUCACAGUCGGAAGACUUCACCGUGGUGCAGAAUAAUUUUAAUUACACAAGCAACUAUCAACACAAAGACGUGGCAGGCGCUAAGGAAAAUGAUCAAAGAAACAACAAGGCAACAGAAGAUUCUAUUGACGAAACUUUUGAGAACGUGAUGGUGGACCAACAAGAUGACUACAAUGGUAUUAAAUUUCAUCCAGAUAAUCAUAAUUCGUUAGAAGAAAAUGAAAGAUCAUCGGCCAUAGAUGUUAACGAAAGUGAUUCAGGUGUAGGAAGUGAUAUGGCAAAUCCAUCCGAGAAGGAAGAUCAAAAUAAUGACGAUAUUCAACCUGUGGAAAACUAUGACGCUUCCGAGAAGAGACUUUCUGAAUCUGAGGAUCAUGAGGAAACAGAUGCUUUGGAAGCAACAUGUAGAGAAACUAUUGAAAAGUUAAAGAAACUUGGCGAACAAUCAAGUUCAAGGUCGACGAGUCAAUUGAUUGACGAAUCAUCUGUCGAAGAAGAAGAUGACAAAAAUGAUUACGAAAGCGACAAGAUACGACGACUUGAACAAAAUCCUUCUAUCAGCAUUAUCCCGAAGUCUUCCACAUUUUCUAAUCACGCAACGGAACGCGCUUUGGUGUGCGAUAGUGAUGACAAAAGUGCGGAAUCUGAAGAACAAACGCAAGAGUUUAAUUGGAAUCAACUAUCAGCCGAUCUAUCGAGCAAGAACAAUGAAGAUUCCAACAAAGAAGACAGCGAGCAACAGGCUGAUACCGGUGACACCAACAUGGAGAAUGCUGGUUCGUUGCUACAGAAUUUUCUCAUGGAACAUCAGAGACGUUCCAAUCCGAAUGAGGUUUCGUUAUCGAGCAAUUUGCAAAGCAACGAGACGGCGGAGUAUGUGCCCCUUGAGAAAUUAGCAGAAACCGUCAAUACGUGUCGCGUUUGUAACGAAAAAUUUAAGGAUAUUGCGCAUUUGGAUGAACAUCGCAGUAAAGCUGGUCAUUAUCAAUGUAAUAUCCCGGAAUGUUCAAGCCUUAUUUUUCACACGCCAAUGGAGGUGUCGGUACAUCGAGCGCAGAUGCACGGUACUCCACUCUCCCCGAGUGUGAGUCAAUUGUCACCUCAUCAGUUAUCAAAUUCGCCACAUUUGAGUCGAACGUCACCUCAACUAAAUGCCGCUGCGCACUCGCCUCACGUUGCCACAACCGUGGAAACAUCGUCGAAUAGUUCGCAACAGCUUAGUAGAACAUCACCUCAUGAGACUAAUUCGUCGGCGUACAAUGCGACAGCGGUAACUAGCGGCGCUACGAGCCAACAGAUACAAAUAGCGCCUGUAAACUUUGAACAGUUACCACCGCCCGUGCAGCAAUUGGCUCAACAAGUCCAACGUAUGCCUCUUCCACAGACGCAAAUGCCUCCUAGUCUUCCUCCAGGUGCAAAUACUAUGAUACCCGGACCGAAUUACUUCGUACAACCGCCGGGACGUCCACCUUUGUACAGAGUACCUGGUCCGCAAAGUUUACCUUAUCCUCCGCAUAUGGCGCAUUUGUAUCAGUAUCCGAGUCCGUACCCUCAAAUGGCCGCGCCUCCUCCGCAAAUGCACCCACAAUUGUCUCAAGUUCCACGUGGAAGAUAUCCGUCGCCACCCGUUGUUCAAAACAGCAGAACACCACGUUUAUCUUCUUCGCAAACUGCCGGUCCAGUUCCUCGUCAACGUAUGAAAAGACCUGUGCAACAAGCGAUGCAAGUUCCACCGCAAAAUAACACCGCGCCCAAACAGAGACGUAUGGAUGUUCUGUUACCUGAUAGAAAUGAGGACGCUGACUGUCACGUUAUAGCGCAACAGAAGAGAAACGAUGGAUUGCCUGUUAUCCAAAAUGUUCAAGGAGCUACCACUCAACAAACUAACAGAAACGAUUCCACGAUACAUCUGACAGAUUCGAUCACUCUAAGUGUACGACAACCUGGUUCCGCUCCAGCUCAAGUCCAGAACGCUUCGAAUUCGGCAGGAAAGAAAUCUGACGCCAAGGCGGUGGCAAAUGUUCUCGCGGCUCGUGGUAUAACAGUUACUCCAGCUGCGAAUAAAAAUAAAACAAGUGAGCAAAACAAACAGCAGUUAUCACAACAACAACAGCAGCAGCAACAGCAGAGAUCUUCACAGCAGCAGGCUUUAAAUGUUGCAGCGCUCAAUCUGAAUUCUGCUAUUUCUAUCAUACCAACUAGUAGUUCACAAAGGAAACAGCAAGAGCAAGGGCAGUUUGCUGUUCCGCAGAAUAAAACAAACAAACAAAUUAACGAUCAAGUUGAACGACCACCUAGACCGCCAACUGUAGAUCUCACACAAGAUACUCCACAGAUGGAAAUACGUGGGCCACCGGUGGUUAGACGCGGUCGACCGCCUAGAGCAUUAUUAACCUGUCAAGUGUGCGACAAAAACUUCCAAAAUCAAGACAUGUUGACGCAGCACAUGGCGACUCAUCGUACGACCAGCAAACUGCUUCACAGAUGCAACCUUUGUCCUGCUCAAUAUCCUACGGCUCAGGCGUUAUCAACGCACAAACAGACUUACCAUAAGGAGGUCGACACUGUGGCGCAAAAUGGUGGAGCGGAAUUAGCUUUGCCGGUCGUAGAUUUAAAAUCGCCCCAUGUACUAAAUCGUUUAGCAAAUCUAGGGAUUCAAAGCUACAUACCAUUGUCGCAAUUAAGUGCUCAAACCGGUGGUUAUUUUGGCUUGCCGAUCAUUACGAUAGACGGUGCAAGAAACUCAAGCACUUGUAAUCUGGGUGCGCUUGGUGCUACCUCUAUAUUAAGUCUCGGUCCUCUUAAGCAUUUCUCGAACAGUGCUACGGACCAUGACACAUAAAAACUAUGCUGAAUUUGUUUUUUCCAAGGUAAAGCAACCGUGAUAUAUAGUUUUUAAGUAAAAAAAGUUGCUAUAAAAUGACGUCAUCUUAUGCAAAUCAAUAUACGCAAAAUUAUUGAGCAUAUAUUUUGAGAAAUGUAUAUUUAAGCAGUUUAUGCGGGUCGCGAAUACAGUAUGUGUGUGAUAUUUUUUUUUUUUUUCUUUUUUUUUUUUUUUAUAUUUAAAACUUCUUGAUGCUCGCUCAGUGUAUCACGACGUCCGAAACGAGAAAACAUACGCCUAAAAUUGAUUUCUAUGAUAAGUGUUUCGACACGAUUUUGCUGAGACGUUUUAUUGAUGAACCAAAAGAAGAGUAGCCUCUCCUCCCUAAAGUUUAUAUUUUACAAGUGUGUUCUCUCGAUCAAAACUGAGUUUGUUAUACGAAAAUAUUCUUUUACUUCAAUGUAAGUUGCAAUAAUUUUGAGCGUAUAUCCUCUCGCUUCUGACGUUAUCGUGCGACGUAAGAUAACUGCAGCAAAUAUUGAGAAGCCGUAUUAAUUGUCUGAUCCAGUGCUUCAUUUAGUUAUACAAUUUAAUUUAUUAUUCUAUAACUUUUCUUAUGUAAGAUUAUAGUAUUUUUUUUCUCAAUUUAUUAGAGUA